GCAGUCCACGAGCGCACAGAUCUGCGCCUUUUUUUUUAUUAUUAAUCCACCCUUCUCUUCUCUCUCUGAGUUAUUGAUCGGUCGCUUUUCGGAUUGUCGCCGGCCGGACACUUGGAGAGACUUUUUGUUGAUCUGAACGCGUGAGCGAGCAGCGCGCAACCGGACACCUGCGCGUCCGCUUCGGCUCGUGCAGAAAUGUUCCUCUGAUCCCACAGACUCUGAGUGGAAUUUUUGGGGGCUCGAUCGUGCCGUGGGUCCGUUUGUGUGCGUGUGUGUGUAUGUGUGUGUGUGCGUGCGCGUGCGUGUGUGUUUCUGAAGACCAGACACGCUCCUCCUGAUCGGCUGUUUUCUCAUUGCGAUCUGUUUCCAUGUUUUUAGGUUUAUGUGAUAUUUUCUAAAAAAAAAAAAUGCAUCAUCACCAUCAUCAUCAUCACCAUCAUCAUCAGAGAAUGGCCGCGUUAGGGACGGAUAAAGAACUCAGCGAUUUACUGGAUUUCAGCGCGAUGCGAAACAGCGAUUUGAAAAUGUUCCCCACGUCAAUGAUGUUUUCUCCUCCUGUCAGCGGCGGGAAGAACGGACCCACGUCUCUAGGAAGUGGACACUUCUCUGGAUCAAAUCUGGAGGAAAGAGCCAGUACGUCUUGGGGAAAUGGAGUCCGGGCCACAAAGAAUUAUGCUGACGGCUCUCAGUACAGUCACAUGACCGGUCGGGACCUGGGGUCACAUGACAGCAUCUCUCCACCCUAUUCUAAUGCCAGGCUAGCAGGUAAAUCGGACAGAGUGUCGUAUUCAUACGGAAGAGACUCCAGCAUUCACUGUCAGUCGGGGCUCAUGGGAGGUGAAGUGGGGAUGGUCAGUCCAGAGACGGUUUCUCCAACUAAACUGGGCUCUCAGUAUUACCAGCAUUAUGGAGGAAACCCACGGCGGAGAACACUGCACAGCGACUCGAUGGAAGUCCAGACGAAAAAAGUGCGCAAAGUUCCUCCUGGACUGCCUUCAUCAGUAUACGCACCGUCCGCCAGCACUGCCGAUUAUAACCGGGACUCACCGGGUUACCCGUCCUCUAAAGCACCGGGCAGCAGCUUUCCCAGUUCCUUCUUUAUGCCAGACGGUCAUCACAGUACAGACCCAUGGAGCUCGUCUGGAAGUAUGAACCAGCCCGGAUACAACAGCAUGCUGGGAAACUCAACACACAGUGCUCAGAGCAGCAGCUACUGCGGCCUGCAUCCACACGACAGACUCAGUUAUCCGUCACACUCGUCGGCAGAAAUCAACCCCAGUCUUCCUCCCAUGUCCAGUUUCCAUCGCAGCGGCGGCUCCAGUCACUACAGCACAGCGUCCUGCUCCGCGACCACCAACGGCACAGACGGCACCAUGGCAAAUCGAUCGUCGAGUGCAGCCGGAAGCAGCUCUCAGACUGGAGACGCUUUAGGAAAGGCUUUGGCUUCAGUGAGUCUGCAGAUUUAUUCCCCCGAUCACACCAAUAACAGCUUCUCGUCCAACCCGUCCACUCCUGUGGGAUCCCCGCCCGCACUCACAGCUGCGAGUACGGCUGUUUGGUCCAGAAACGGUCAAGGAGCUUCGUCCCCCAGUUAUGAACCACCGCUGCACUCACUGCAAAGUCGUAUCGAGGACAGAUUGGAGCGGCUGGACGAUGCCAUUCACGUAUUGCGGAGUCAUGCGGUGGGUCCAUCCACGGCGAUGCCUGGCGCUCAUGCGGAUAUGCACGGAAUGAUCACGCCGUCACACUCUCACAACGGGGCCAUGGGCGGAUACAGCUCUGGGCUGCUGCCCUCCAACAGACACUCGCUCAUGGUUGGCCAUCGUGAGGAGGCUCUGAGAAGCGGACACCCCAUCGUGUCCAAUCAGGUUCCUGGAUCACAACUUUCUGUGCAGGCGGCGACUUCCCCUGAUCUCAGCCAGAGUGACCCGUACAGAGCUCUGUCGGCGGGUCUGGGUCAAAGCACGUCGUCUGUGAGCUCCGACAUUAAAUCUGAAGAUGAAGGAGAUGAAAACCUGCAGGACAGCAAAUCCCUGGACAAGAAGGACGACCUGGACAGCAAAGACCUCAAAAGUUUAGAGAGUGCUAACGAUGACGAGGACCUGACGCCGGAGCAGAAGCUGGAGCGGGAGAAGGAGCGCCGCAUGGCCAAUAACGCGCGUGAGCGUCUGCGUGUGCGCGACAUCAACGAGGCCUUCAAGGAGCUGGGCCGCAUGUGUCAGCUGCACCUCAAGAGCGACAAACCGCAGACCAAACUGCUGAUCCUGCACCAGGCUGUCGCCGUCAUACUCAGCCUGGAGCAGCAGGUCCGAGAGCGCAAUCUGAACCCGAAGGCGGCGUGUCUGAAGCGGCGGGAGGAGGAGAAGGUGUCGUCAGACGGUGCUCCGCUCUCAUUGGCCGCCGCUCACCAUGCAAUGGGCGAGGCGUCCAAUCCCAUGGGACAAAUGUAAAGAGCCACACCCCCGUAAAUGGUCGAAGCUGCCAGAAUUCAUCAAAAUGAUGAGCAAUCACUUCCUAUGACAGCGUCAUUUCUGCCCAAACAAUCAACCAGUGGACCCGAGCGCCGCCGUCCUGACUGAAGAACACUGUAAAUGAGGGAAAAUCAGCAGUAAAGCGGCGCCGUACCUUCCUCCGAGCAUUCCCUGUUUUUACGUAUACACACACACACACACAUGCACACACACACACAUACUCGAGGGUGGAUUUCUCCAAACAUAUCAUGGCGUUGGCGUGUGGAGAGCGGAUCCUGUAGCUGUGCCUCAUGGAGAAAAAAAAAAACUGGAAAAAAACGCACGCAAUAAAGGGACCAGAGUAAGCGCAGAGAGCGUGGAGCGUUUUUCAUCAGUCCAUCCAGCCCUCCAGACCCCGAAAGAUGCAAUUUCACCACCAGAAAACUUCAACCGACGUGCCUUUUAGAGCUCAUAUCAUCACCCGACUGGAGGAGUAUGGAGCCAGAUUAGUGUCAGAAAUAAUUCACGCAAAAAUCCAAACAAAAAGCACCAUGUGUAGCCAAACUCACAUGCAUGAAAUCAAACUCACAUGCACGUUAUAUUCAUAUAUAUAUAGACAUAUUCACAAUAACAAUUCAUGUGCACAGAAUAAAACUGCAUAUAUAUGCAAAUGGCACACAUGCCAGUUUAUUUGCGUGCACAUUCAGUCAAAGAGUUUAAAAGACAUCAUAUGUGAACAUGUUUUUCCCCGUUCACCAUGCUAGGUAGAGGAUUAAAGGUGCAGUGUGUGGGAUUGACACCUAGUGGUUGAGCUAGAUUUUGCAGUGUAAAUUCAAAAUAUUGGAGAGGAUAUUAUUUUUAAUGUACGGUGCCUCCGAUGACCAUACAACACACAGAGGUUGCCAGAUUGAUGACACCAAUAGGGAUGAGCCAAAAGCAAAACUGUGCAAAGUAUUCACGCAAGUAUUAUUAUUAUGAAUAUUAUUAUUAUUAUU